AUGCCGAAACAAGCCAUCAUCCAGCCCUCCACUGAGGCGGUAGAGAUCAUCGAGGCGCCCAUCCCAGCCCCCCAAGACAGAGACGUCGUCAUCAAAGUUGUCGUCACCGGAACGAACCCAAAAGACUGGAAGUAUCCAUUCUGGAAGCAAUGGCCCCACAACAGCGGAGAUGACAUAGCCGGCUUCGUCCACGCCGUCGGCAAGGACGUAUACGAGUUCAAACCAGGCGACAGAGUGGCAGCCCUCCACCAGCCGACGACAGAGAACGGCAGCUUUGCAGAGUACGCCGUGGCGCCGGAUUGGACCACAUCCCACUUGCCGCAUAAUGUGUCCUUCGAAGAGGGUGUCACAAUACCGGUAGCUGCUGGAACGGCCAUCAUGGCCCUCUUUGCGGACAUGAAGCUACCCAUGCCGUUUAUGGGGAAUGCUGAGGCCAGGGAGAAGAGGCCGCUGUUGAUCUUCGGAGUCACUUCGGCGGUGGGCGCGUUCGCCGCGAAGCUUGCUCGGUUGAGUGGCGUUCAUCCCAUUAUCGGUACCGCCGGACGAGCCAAGAACUUCGCAAGCUCGCUCGUUGACCAUGUCGUCGAUUACCGCCAGAGCGAGGAGAAGCUCAUCGCAGCUGUUGAAGACAUCCUCUCGAAGGAAGGGCUGGACAAGAAGGUCCCGUACAUCUUCGACGCCAUCAGCGAAGGCGGUACGCUCGAGACGACUCUCAAGAUUAUCAAGCUUAACGGUGGGGUUGUGAGCACUGUGCUGCCGCCGAAGCUUUUCGCCCGGGAUCCGGAGAACUUCACAUAUCCUCCCGGAGUGAUUGCGUACAACAGCGCUGUUGUCUUCGUCCAUCUCACGCACAAGGACUUUGGGUACACCUGGUUCCGCUACCUCGGCAGGCUGCUCCAGGAGGGCAAAUUGUCGCCGCAUCCGCACGAAGUGGUUCCGGGAGGCCUGAUCGGAGUCCUCAAGGCACUACAAAAGCUGCGGGACGGCCACGCGAGUGCAGUGAAGUACGUCUGCAGGGUCGAGGAGACGGCUGCCGGAGUUGGCCUGUUCGACGCGCAUGGACACGAGGUCUCCAGGGAGCAGCAUCCGCCCCCGAGUGGCGAGAACAUUCAUCCGCUGAGGAACUUCCCGUAUCCUGUGGAUGGCAAGCCGUAG